AUGGAUGCAACACGGAAACAAAUAUUCGACGAUCAAGGAUUUGUCGUCGUCCCUAACCUCAUUCCCACUGACUCUCACAAGGCUCUCGAGGAUGCCUGCGAGCGGGUCAUCGCGCGGACGCGCUCGGGGGAAUGGACCCACCGUCGCACAGUGGGCAGGCAGUUCCCACCGUUCGAUAACGACAAUCCGGAUUCAUGGGGUGUACAGCAUCUGAUGCAUCCAGAUCUAGGAGAGCCUGUGUUCGCACAAUGGUACACUUCCGAUCCUUUGGUUAGCUUCGCGCAGAACCUCCUUGGGUGCAAGGAGGAAGAGCUUCAGAUGGAGCUAUUCAACCUACUCAUCAACCCACUGUCGUAUGCGUUCGCGCUGCGCUGGCAUCGUGAUGACGUGCGCGAGAACGCUUCGGAUGACGAGGAGAUUAAAGCCUUGAGUAUCUGGCACCAUGGUGUCCAGUGGAAUACCGCGCUAUACGAAGAUUCAUGUCUCUACGUUGUCCCUGGCUCGCACAAAGUACCGCGCUCUCCAGAGCAGCGAGCACUCUCCUCGACGCUGGAUGCUCCUGCUAAUCCUCUGGAUAUGCCUGGUGCGAUCCGAGUAAUUUUACAACCGGGCGAAACAGUUUUCUACAAUAGCAAUAUCUUACACUGUGCAUCGUAUGACCCACAGGAGCGCCGCGCGACAUUGCACGCAUGCAUGGGCGACACACGUGGUGGGGCUACCCGCUCACGAAACGUGCUGCAGCACGGGCUGAAGUGGAUGAAGGAGGCCAAGUUCCGCGACGGGCUGAAUGAUAGGGGCAAGGCAAUGCUCGACCGGCUUGUCAAGUUGCAGGGGAGCGUGAAUGGCGACGUUGGCUAUUCAUUGACAAAUUAA